AGUUUGAUAUAAAUUUAUAAAUUUCAAUAUAUACUCAAAAUUUAUUUUGAAAUCAAAAUAAUUACGUUCACAAUCAUAACCUGCAAGAAGGAGUGUUCUGUUGACGUUGACGUGGGAUGUGUAGUUAAUGUUUAAUAAUUAUUUGUGUAAUUUUUAAUUUGUAAUAUAUUAAUAACAUAUUUAUAACCAAUAAAAAUGGCAAUAAAACGAGAUAAGAAGGAAGAAGAAGAUGGUGGAAACCCCUUUCAGAGUCUUGAUAAGACCAGUGUUCUUCAGGAUGCCAGAACUUUUAAUGAAACACCAGUUGAACCUCGCAAAUGCACCCCAAUAUUGACCAAAAUUCUGUAUCUUUUAAACCAAGGAGAACAGCUUGGUCCUGCUGAAGCAACAGAAACAUUUUUUGCUGUUACGAAGCUUUUUCAAUCAAAUAAUACUUUGCUUCGACGAAUGGUAUAUCUUGGCAUAAAAGAGUUAUCUCUAAUUGCUCAAGAUGUUAUCAUCGUUACUUCUAGCCUUACAAAAGACAUGACUGGGAAAGAAGAUUUAUAUCGAGCAGCUGCAAUUCGAGCAUUAUGCAGUAUAACAGAUGCUACUAUGCUGCAGACGAUUGAAAGAUAUAUGAAACAAGCAAUCGUUGAUAGAAACCCAGCUGUUGCUAGUGCUGCUCUUGUUAGUUCACUGCAUAUGAGUAGGAUUGCUAGCGAUGUCGUCAAGAGAUGGGUUAAUGAAGCACAAGAAGCUGUUAAUUCUGACAGUAUAAUGGUCCAAUAUCAUGCUCUGGGCCUGCUUUUCCAUAUUAGGAAAAAUGACAGAUUGGCUGUAACAAAAUUAGUUGCUAAAUUAACUAGAAUGUCGUUGAAAUCUCCAUUCGCAGUUUGUAUGUUGAUUCGCAUUGCAUGUAAAUUAUUGGAAGAAGAAAGCUCUGGAGAAUAUGCAGACUCUCCACUUUUUGAUUUUAUUGAAGCAUGUUUACGCCACAAAAGUGAAACAGUUGUUUAUGAAGCAGCUGCUGCUCUUGUAAACUUACGCCACACUACUACCAGACAAAUCACGCCUGCAGUAAGUGUUCUUCAAUUAUUUUGUUCUUCUCCAAAACCAGCGCUUCGUUUUGCUGCUGUGAGAACUCUUAAUAAGGUAGCAAUGACGCAUCCCACUGCUGUAACGUCAUGCAAUAUUGACUUAGAGAACCUUAUAACGGAUUCAAAUCGGUCCAUAGCUACCUUGGCCAUAACUACUCUUCUAAAAACUGGAGCUGAAUCAGCUGUGGACAGACUUAUGAAGCAGAUAGCAUCUUUCGUUUCAGAAAUAAGUGAUGAAUUUAAGAUUGUUGUAGUGCAGGCCAUUAGAGCACUAUGCUUGAAAUUCCCUCGAAAACAUGGAACACUCAUGACGUUUUUGUCUGCGAUGCUGAGGGAUGAGGGAGGAUUGGAGUAUAAGGCUUCAAUCGCCGAUACACUUAUAUCUCUUAUCGAAGGGAACCCUGAAGCGAAAGAGUCUGGCCUCGCUCAUUUGUGUGAAUUCAUCGAGGAUUGUGAGCACACUUCCCUGGCUGUCAGGAUACUGCAUCUGCUUGGUAAAGAAGGACCAAAAACAAAACAGCCUUCUAGGUACAUAAGAUUUAUCUAUAAUAGAGUCAUUCUGGAAAAUGCAGUAGUACGAGCAGCUGCUGUUUCUGCAUUGUCUCAAUUUGGAGCUCAGUGCCCUGAUCUUCUUGAGAACAUACUAGUCCUCCUCGCCCGGUGCCAAAUGGAUACAGACGAUGAAGUUAGGGACAGGGCCACAUAUUAUUUCAGUAUUUUACAAAAUCAAGAUCGACAUUUGAUUAAUAAUUACAUAGUUGAACCACCUCAGGUGUGUGUUUCCAGUUUAGAAAAAGCCUUAAUGCUGCAUUUGAUGGAAACUCCAGAAGAAGUAUUUGACUUGAGUUCUGUUCCGUUGGCACCCCCUCCUCUAUCCGACGAAGUUCAGGCUGCUCCAACUGUUGUACAGGAACCAUUAGCGGCUUUGGGACGUCCUGCGGUCUCCAAAGAAGAGAGUGCUUCUGAUAGACUUCGAGCUAUUCCAGAACUUUCUUGGAUUCAGGGUCCACUCUUCAAAAGUUCCGAUCCUAUCAGUCUUACAGAAUCUGAGACAGAAUAUCAAGUUAGAGUCACGAAGCAUGUUUUCAAAAAUCAUAUUGUUCUUCAGUUUGACUGUACAAAUACCAUGAGUGACCAGCUACUAGAGAAAGUUCGAGUGCAGUUAGAAGUGAGCGAAGGUUACCAGAUCGUAGCUGAGGUCCCCUGCCAAAGAUUAGCCUGUUCGGAAACAUCACCUACUUAUAUUGCCCUGCAAUUUCCAGAUGCCCCUAAUCUUACUGUCACAAACUUUGCUGCUACUCUGAGGUUUGUUGUAAAGGAUUGCGACCCAAUGACCGGUAUCCCUAACUCAGAUGAUGGUUAUGAAGAAGAUUAUAUGCUUGAAGAUGUCGAAGUGAUGCUUGCUGACCAAAUGCAGCGGCUUACGAAGAGCAACUUCGGUGCUGCAUGGGAGGAAGGCGAAUCGUAUAGUGAGCUAGAGGACACUUAUAACUUGUCAGGAAUAAACAGCCUCGAAGAGGCAGUGAGGAGUGUUGUCAGUUUCAUGGGGAUGCAGCCUGCUGACAGGAGCGACAGGGUACAGCCUGAUAAAUCUUCACACACUGUCUACCUCGGAGGCAUGUUCCGUGGUGGAGUUGAAGUGUUAGCUAGAGCUAAACUGGCCAUGGGUAAUUCCCCAGGCGUUGCCAUGCAACUUACAGUCCGCUCUCCAAAUCCAGAUAUUUGCGAACUGAUUAUUUCUGUAGUCGGGUAAAAAAAAUAUAUAAAUAUAUUUGAGAAGCACACUGUUUCCUCUCAGAUGUUGUACAGAAUCAAACAUUGAACAUAAAGUAUAUAUCAUAUGAACUGUAUUAGUUGACUAGCUGCUUGGGAAAAUUUUGGUUACGCAAUAAUCAAUCUUUUAUAUGUAUCAGAUUUUAAUUAAAGUAUUUAAAGUACAAGUGUUGCUGUAUAAAAUGAUGUUAUGAAACAUUUUUAAAGUAUUUAAGUUAUAUGUUUUAAUUUAAGCAACCCAGUUAUUUUUUAUGUUAUGCUUAUGGGAAUUUUAUUUUAUAUAGAUUUUUUUUUUCGAGAUAGGUGUAAUUUAAAACUGAAAUUUUUCCAAAAGCAUUUGUCUAAUUUAUUAAAUAAUAUAUGAUUUAUUAUAUAUAUUUUUUAUUAAUCCAAUAAAUACUUAUAAGCCA